AUGCAGCCAGAGCCUACUCCCGUAUCUCAACGUACACCUGCCGUUGACUUAAACCGAGCCAACGUCAGUUCUCGCCAACAUGGAUAUGAUUUCGAAGAUCGGCCAGUCUCUGUCCCUCCUCAGCGUGAUGAGGUCAGAGACUUGGUCGGCGUGGACUUGCCGGUACCCGAAAUGAAUGCAUCUAUGAGCGCAUCUAGACCAACCCCGCCCUACUACCCGGCGCCAUUCAAGUUGCCCAUUGAGUCUUUACCAAAUGAGGUCUUAACCCACAUUUUAUCCCAUCUUCCCCCUGAUUCCCUUUCGGCUAUUACCUUAGUGUCUCGCCGGUUUCAUGCAUUGGUCACCACUCCUCAUGCGUGGAGAAUCGCAUUUUCACGAUUCUUCCCCGGUCCUCAGGUGUUAGAAGAUGGACGUUACGCUAGAGAUGAAGCGGAUGUGGCGUCUGAUAGGCGAUUCUUCACGAGACUCACUGCGCUGGCAUCCUGGAGAAGCGAGUACAUCAUUCGUACUCGAUUGAUGCGCUCCCUAUCUCGAGGAAAGCCAGCGCAAUUUCAGCCUUCCAAGAAGAGUGGUACUGUGCGCUCGACAAGUGUUCGCAACGGCAGUGCCGUGACAACUUACACAUCGCAGCUGCUCUUCCCAGUAAGCCAUAUCCACGGGUCAUUCAACGGCUCUGUUUCGAACUUCAUCCACGCUGCAUCCGAGCAAGGUGUCGCUUCUGCUAGUGAUCCGUCGACUGUCAAAGUAGGCACCUGGGGAUUGUCUGAUUAUCAGAUAUUUCGUCACUUUGCAGAUCAGUUCCCAGGAGAUUCGCAGUAUGGACUCGGCCCCGGUGAGAUCGUCGGGGUACCCAAUUCCAUGGAUGUCAGCCAACCUUUCGGUAUGAUCUACGGCGAGGGAUGCCCGUCGGGUCGAACCUACUUUAUAUCGAGUACGGAGCAACGAGGCCGUUUCCUUGGGAUAUCGGAUCUGGGCUCACUCCCCCACCUUGGUGUUCCUGCAGUCAAUAUGAUUACACAGGUCAUCUGCUCAGUCUGGAUUGCGAAAUCACCAUCUAUUCUCAAGACUACUGGAGGGCUUAUUGCUAUGAUGUCUGGUUCAUCUUCAGGUGUCCUCUCGGCUUAUGCGAUUGGCCCACAUCCGACUUAUGAGAAACGCUAUGAGCGAGGCCAGUUGACUGCGAAAUGGGUUCUUUGUCCUGGUGUACCUAUUAUUGGCAUUUCUGUGGAUGAUAACUACAACCCUAAGCGACGUGCACAGCGAAGAAUAUGGGCUGUCGCCCUGAAUGCGCUGGGCGAAAUAUUCUAUCUGACGGAUCUUCCGCGCCAGCCCGAGAUCUCACCCACGGCCAAGUUAAAUGCCGAGCAAAUGGAUGAAUUGGCGUGGAAAACCGGUCGAAGUGUGCGCUGGGAGCUCAACGAACUGAGUCGACGUGUGGCUUACCCCGAUCCGUUUAAUCAGGAGCUGGUUGAUGGCAGUUACAGUCCUCGUUCAUCACCAGAUUCAAUGGGUCUUGACGUUAGGCAAUUAACCGCAGAAACGAAGGAAAUUGAAAAGUUCAUGUCUUUCAAACCGAAGCAUUUCCGUAAGGUCUGCAAGAGUUGGAACAUGCGACGCGAUCUCCACGUUGAUUUUGCCGGUGACGAUGGCCUCGGGUCUGGUGAAUCUAUUAUUGUCAUUGCUCGCGGUGACGGUGAAACCGAAGAGGCUUCUGUUCGACGAUAUGUUCAUGCUCUAUCGAAAUCUGGCUUAGCACCAUCAACCAUGGGUGAAGGGGCAAAGCAAACUUCCAUUUUCGGUGGUCCAGUGAAUAUCCCUACAUCAGCAUCUGGUGGCAACCCCCGCUUAGUCCAGUGA